UGCAGUGCGAGCACCGAGCGGCCAUCUUUGCACGUUCGGUUUCUGUUGACGUGGUAACAGAAGAGUCUUCUUAUCGCACUUGUUCACGAGGAGAAGUUGGCAAAGUCGUGCCAUUUUAAAAGAGAGAAAGUCAUGCUUGACUUUGCCAUCUUCGCCGUGACGUUUUUCAUCGCGUUGGUCGCCGCUGUGUUGUACUUGUACCCGUCAUCCAGAAGGGCCUCUGGCAUCCCAGGUCUCAAUCCUACAGAUGAGAAGGAUGGGAACCUGCAAGACAUCGUGAACAGAGGCAGUCUGCACGAGUUCCUCGUCAGCCUGCAUCGGGAGUUCGGCUCCGUGGCGUCGUUCUGGUUCGGCGGCCGUCCGGUGGUCAGCCUGGGCUCUGUGCACCAGCUGCGCCAACACAUCAACCCCAACCACACCACUGACUCCUUUGAGACGAUGCUGAAGUCACUGCUGGGUUACCGGUCAGGAACGGGAGACGGUGCCGCUGAGGCGGUGAUGAGGAAAAAGGUGUAUGAGAACGCCGUCAACAGCACACUCAAGAGUAACUUCCCUCUGGUGCUCAAGCUGGUGGAGGAGCUGGUGGGAAAGUGGCGGUCGUUCCCGGAGUCCCAGCACACCCCGCUGUGCGCCCACCUGCUGGGUCUGGCUAUGAAGACCGUCACCCAGCUGGCUCUGGGCGAGAGCUUCGGCGACGACGCAAAGGUCCUUUCCUUCCGCAAGAACCACAACGCGAUCUGGUCAGAAAUUGGAAAAGGCUACUUGGACGGGUCCCUGGAGAAGAGCUCCAGCAGAAAAGGACACUAUGAGAAGGCUCUGUCAGAGAUGGAGUCCAUGCUGCUGUCGGUGGCGAAGGAGGGAAAAGCCCAGAGGACGGCGUUUGUAGACGCUCUGCUUCAGUCCGGCCUCACAGAACGACAGAUCAUGGAGGACUGUAUGGUUUUUACUUUGGCCGGAUGCGUCAUCACAGCCAACCUGUGCAUCUGGGUACUUCACUUCCUAUCCACCUCGGAGGAAGUUCAGGACAAACUGUACAAAGAGCUAGAUGAGGUUUUGGGUUCAGACCCAGUUUCCUUGGACAAAAUCCCUAAGCUCAGAUACUGCCAGCAGGUCCUCAACGAGACGGUGAGGACCGCCAAGCUGACCCCUGUCGCGGCUCGGCUUCAGGGAGUGGAGGGCAAAGUCGAUCAACACGUCAUCCCCAAAGAGACUUUGGUCAUCUACGCGUUGGGAGUGGUCCUGCAAGACUCUGACACCUGGAGCGCCCCAUACAGGUUUGACCCGGAUCGAUUUGAGGAGGAAUCGGUCGAGAAGAGCUUCUGUCUGCUCGGGUUCUCAGGGAAUCAAACCUGCCCGGAGCUCAGGUUCGCCUACACCGUCGCCACCGUCCUGCUCAGCACGUUGGUGCGCCCACUGAAGCUUCACCAGUUGAAGGGACAGAUCACGGAGGUCAGAUCUGAGCUGGUGUCCACGCCCAAGGACGAAACCUGGAUCACCGUCGGCCGGAGAAGCUAAUCUUUUAAAAACCUCUGCAGGGAGAAGAGCUGAUGAGUUGUAUUUCUAGGGAUGAAUUCAUCGUAAUUAAAGGAGCAGUCAGAGAAUUAGUCUCUCUUAAUAACUCCUGUCUUUUUUACCAAGAUUAUGGUCAUUAACACUUUGCUUUUUAUGUCGUAGUCACUCCAUCACAUUAUUCCCACUUUUUACGCACAGUAUUCUAAGGCACAUUAUCACGUUGUCUGUGCACAGGUCAGCUUUGCACUUCCUGUUAACGGAGGAAAACGCUGUUUAAUGUAGAGAAAAACAACUUGUGCUGCUGAAUGUUUUUCUAUAAUACAGCUUUAUAAGUAUCAUGUGGCACUUAGACAAUUCACUCCUUUUCCCCCAACACUGUUGCAUCCUACAUAUAAAUAAAUGUUUGAUUUUUUUGAG